GAGGAGGAGGAGGAGCUUGGAGCAGCAGCAGUAGCCAGAGCAGAAAGCUCAGCAGCCGCCGGAGUGCCAGCCACAGUCCACAGCAGCAGCCGGGCUGGAAGCUCCGAAAGCUCUCAAACAUGCCUUUCCUCGGACCCUUGACCCUGCUGGUUCUGCAAAGUGUGGCUUUCAGUAGCAAUGUUCCCGAUGAGACCAUUGCAGAAUUAUCCGUAAGUGUUUACAAUCACUUGAGAGCUGUCGGGGAAGAUGAAAAUAUCCUCUUUUCUCCUUUGAGCAUUGCAACUGCCAUGGGAAUGGUGGAACUUGGAGCCCAUGGAUCCACUCUAAAGGAAAUUCGUCAUUCCAUGGGAUAUGACAGCCUGAAAAAUGAUGAAGAAUUUUCCUUCCUGAAGGAUCUUUCUGACAUGCUAACUACUGAAGAAAAUCAGUAUGUGAUGAAAAUCGCCAACUCCCUCUUUGUGCAAAACGGAUUUCACAUCAAUGACAAGUGUUUGCAGAUGAUGAAAAAAUACUUUAAAGCUGAAGUAGAGAAUGUAGAUUUCAAUCAAAAUGCAGCUACAGCCAAACACAUCAAUAAAUGGGUGGAGAAUAACACAAAUGGUCUCGUAAAAGACUUGGUGUCGUCAAGGGACUUCAGUGCUUUUACUAGUGUGGCCCUCAUUAAUGCAAUCUACUUUAAAGGAAACUGGAAGUCACAGUUUCGACCUGAAAACACAAGGACCUUCUCAUUCACUAAGGAUGAUGAAAGUGAAGUUCAGAUUCCAAUGAUGUACCAACAGGGAGAGUUUUAUUAUGGAGAAUUCAGUGAUGGCUCCAAUGAAGCAGGCGGUAUCUAUCAAGUUCUGGAAAUACCAUAUGAGGGGGAUGAGAUAAGUAUGAUGUUCAUUCUUUCCAGACAAGAAGUGCCAUUAGCAACCUUGGAACCAUUAAUCAAACCUCAGCUGAUUGAAGAAUGGGCCAACUCUGUGAAGAAGCAAAAAGUGGAAGUGUACCUGCCAAGAUUCACUGUAGAACAAAAGAUCAACCUGAAAGAGCUUUUGAAGAGUCUUGGGAUUACAGAAAUUUUCAGCAGGAAUGCAGAUCUGAGUGCACUGUCCGAUGGCAAAGAUGUUUUCCUUUCCAAAGCAAUUCAUAAAUCCUUCAUCGAAGUUAACGAGGAAGGUUCUGAAGCCGCUGCAGCCUCAGGAAUGAUUGCCAUCAGUAGAAUGGCAGUGCUCUAUCCACAAGUUAUUAUCGACCAUCCUUUUGUGUUUCUCAUAAGAAUCAGGAGAACAGGUACUAUCUUGUUCAUGGGAAGAGUGAUGCAUCCGGAAGCUGUGAGUGCAAGUGGCCACGACUUUGAGGAACUUUAAGUCAGUAUGCCCAAAAUACAAAAGGAAAACAUUAAAUAAGCACACCAUGUUUGUCGAUGGCAUAUUUAAGGUUUGAUGUGUUUUGCAGUGUAUUUCCAAGACACUGUUUAAAUAGUUCCAGAUAUAAUGACAGUGUAAUGACUCCAAGCCUGCCUUGUGAGGAAAAAUGCUGUCAGGAUUACUAAAAUGAUGGUUCUGUUGAUGUUGUUGUUGUCGUGUGGGUAUGCAAAAUAAAACCAUAUAUUCUAUGUCA